UCAGCCUGAGCGCGAGAGAGAUUCGGGGUGAGAGCGGAGAACGGGAGGAUUUAAAUACCUCUAAGCGGGCGACCUGCUCAGCCCUUCGGGUGUGGGAGGGUGACUGUUUUGUGUCUUUGCUAGACCGGGGGAGCAGGGGGUGGAGGAGGAGGAACGGAUAAUGAGCUAUUCUUGUACCAGCACAGGCAACAGCCAGGACCCAUCGAGCUCUAAGAAGUCCGGCGGCGUUAAUCCCGGUAGUUGCAGCAGCAGCAGCGGAGACACCAACAGCAACAACCGCCACAGCAUCCGCGGCAGACAAGCGAACUCCAACCCUGAUUUAACCGAGGCCAUGAAAGUCAAGAAGGGCUGCAACACGACAGACGUCGGAGUCCCCGUAACCAGAGAAGAGGAAUUGCUCGGGAACAAAACGAUCAGCCCGGAGGAUGUGCUGGGAUUGCAGAAGAUCACUGAAAACUAUCUGUGUAGUCCGGAAGACAAUUUGUACAAUAUUGACUUCACACGUUUCAAGAUCAGGGAUAUGGAGACAGCAACCAUACUGUUUGAGAUCACCAAACCACCAACCACAGAUAAAGGAAGGGAUAAAAGAGAUGUUGAUCCAAACGCUGGGCGGUUUGUACGUUAUCAGUUUACGCCGGCUUUCUUACGGCUACGUCAAGUAGGAGCCACUGUUGAGUUCACCGUAGGGGACAUCCCCAUCAAUAACUUCCGGAUGAUUGAGAGGCACUAUUUCCGUGAACAGCUGCUGAAGAGCUUCGACUUUGAGUUUGGCUUCUGCAUCCCCAGCAGCAAGAACACCUGUGAGCACAUCUACGAGUUCCCGCCGCUCUCGGAGGAUAUCAUACGUGAGAUGAUCCUCCAUCCUUACGAGACGCAGUCCGACAGCUUCUACUUUGUGGACAACAAGCUGGUCAUGCACAACAAAGCAGAUUACUCGUACAGCGGAGGCCCGUAAGACAGCGGUGGGACGGGACUGAGGCAGAGAGUUUGACUGACAGACCUAAGAACCAAUCACAUGUCUUUGUCCAGCAGUCACGCCCUCCUCGAAUCAGUGUCAUAGACGACUACCUGCAGUGCGCCAUGCCUGUUUUCGAGAUCUAAAGUGUCGUAUCAUAAGGUCUUGUCCAAUGCAUACAUAUCCUAUUGUGAUGUCACACUGCCAUUGUUCACAUCAGCAAAUAUAGAUAUUAUAUUAUAUUUUGUAACUUCCCCCAAACAUGAGCAAAUUCACUCUAGUCCCAUGUUUUUUAUGGGCAAGGCACUGUAAUGUGAAUGGUACUUAGGUUUUACUAUUCAUUGUGAGCAUGUGUGUGUAUGAGUGGGGGUUUUGAUUCCGCGUGUGUGUGUGUG